GGUGGUAAAAAGAGUUAAUCUUGGUCGCACUUUUAAUCAUCACUGAUGAGAAACAGUUUAAUCAAUUGUGUCACUUUAAUUAGUUUGGAGAAUUGAAUCUCUCUCAAUGAGAUUAAUUACCAAUUACAAUUAUUUGUAAUCACUAUUCUUAUUUGGGAAAGCAAAAAGCAUUUGACAAAACCACAGCGACACCGAAUUCAUAACAAACAAAACAAACCCUAUGAGAGUGUAAACACUUAUACCGAUUUUACCUUUGUUUUUUAUUUCAAAUUCUAAAUCAACCAUUUCCUGUCUUGAGCGUUUAAUUAAUUUGCUCAAUGAAUGUUGAUUCCAUCGCUUUCUAUUCAAACUUGAAUAUUUCCACCAUCAACAUGGCCCUUCAUUUCUGGUCAAAUUCUGUUUAAUAUUAACAAGAAGCUCAGGCCUGAUUUGAUUAUUAUAUCUCAUCUUUCGCUCUCUCUGUCUCUCUUUCCCUCUCUGUCUCUCUCUCUCUCUCUUUCUCUCUUUGCUUUUGUUAUUUUGUAUUUUAUAUGCUUAUGCCUCUUAGCUUUUCUCUAUACUCCUUGAAGGAUCUUUUUCUCUUCUCUCUCUCGCUUUUUCUCCUCUUCCUCUUUAUUCAAUCCUCAUCAUUUUCUCUUCGUCUUUCUCUUCUUUUUUUCUCUUUUUCCUUGCCUCAUUUUCCCAAUUUUUCCAUAUCUUUACUUACUGUUUUUUCUCUCCUUUUUAUUCUUAAAAUUUCAUUUUUUCUCUGUGCAAAUCAAUCGGUGAAAUCUUUUUUUUCCUCGUUUAAUUUUCUUAGAUUGUUUUUAUUUUCUCUCUUCCUUUUCAAUAUUCUACAGUUACAAUAGUUACCUUAUUCUUUUUGGACCUUAUAUAUAGUUGUAACUCUCUACCUGUUCUUACAUCUAAAGAAAACUAUCAAAGAUGAAUGAAGAAAGAUUAGAUAGAGAAAGAAACAAAAGAAUGAAGGUUAGUGGUGGUCGUAUCUCAGGUAGCAACUCAUCUACCACUCCAACAACCGAUGCCUCAUCAUCUUCAUCAUCAGCUGGACCAAACAACAAUUUACCUUCGACAUCGAAUUUUAAUAACAGUGUCUCCCUUUCGAUGCCAAGUUCUUCUAAUGGUACCCAUAGUGUAUCGUCGGCUUCUGCUUCUUCUUCUCUAUCAACUUCUACAACCUCCUCAUCCACCUCCACCUCUUCAUCUUCAUCUUCAGACUCCAGUAAUUCUGCAAGUCGUGGAUCGAUAACCAAUGGAUCCAAUGGUCACAUUGAAUCAGGUGAAUCGGAAUCUGCCCGAAACGCAGCAACUCCAACUUCCACCGAACGAGUUAAAUCAAGAGAAACCUCUCUCACUCAUCGAUUUCAUGAUAAUCCUCGAAUGCACAAAUCAUUAUCAACCAGUGCUAAAAGGAUUCAGAAAGAGCUUGCAGAGAUUACCCUGGAUCCUCCGCCAAACUGUAGUGCUGGUCCAAAAGGCGAUAAUCUAUACGAAUGGGUAUCAACCAUAUUAGGACCUCCAGGAUCAGUUUAUGAAGGAGGAGUUUUCUUCUUGGAUAUUCAUUUCUCACCAGAAUAUCCAUUCAAACCUCCAAAGGUCACUUUCCGAACUCGAAUCUAUCAUUGUAAUAUAAAUAGUCAAGGCGUUAUAUGUUUGGAUAUAUUGAAAGACAAUUGGAGUCCCGCUUUAACUAUUGCCAAGGUUCUGUUGUCAAUUUGUUCACUAUUAACAGAUUCCAAUCCUGCUGAUCCUCUUGUUGGAAACAUAGCCACACAAUAUUUACAACAUAGGGAAGAACAUGAUCGAAUUGCAAGACUUUGGACUAAACGAUACGCGAUGUAAUUGUGUUAAUUAAUAUCUUGGUCUCUCUUCACCCAUUAGCUUCUUUGUCUCUAUAUUAUCUGCACGAAUCUUAUGAGCGAAAAAAAUUGAUGUAAAGCUUAUAUUUUUUAUUAAUAAUAUACUCUCUCUCUCUCUCUCUCUCUCUCUCUUUCACUUUCUCGCCUCUUCUCGUUCAUCCUCAUCACCUUUAUCACUGUUUCCUUUUUCAUCUUCCUUCAUCAUCUUACUUCCUUAUUCUUAUUAUUGUUCGUCUUC